AUGGUCGCAGAAGAUUGGGAUAAUUCAAAAAGUAUUCAAGAUAGAAAUGUAAUGAUUAGAAUGGCGCAGAAUGCCCGCAAUAUCAUUACUUGUGCAUACUGUAUAAUGGCAGUUGCAUGUUUCUUUAUAAUCGUUUUACCUGGCUUUGGAAUUUCAAUGAGAUUGACGACAAAUUUUACUGAUCCUGGUAGACCACUGCCUUUGCAGACAUAUUAUAUUUACGAUGUAACGAGCAGACCACAAUACGAGCUCACAUUUAUUAGUCAGGCUAUCUACAUUCUCUUCGCAAUUAUGUCUUACACCGGUAUCGACAAUUUCCUCGGACUGCUAAUAUUUCACAUAUGUGGUCAAUUGGAGAUUCUCAAAAAUCAAUUGAUAAGCUUGGACAAAUAUAAGAACUUUCAUAACAGCCUGAAGAGCUGUGUGACGAAACACAUCCGUUUAAUUAGAGCUAUUGUAGUUAUAGAAGAUACAUACAAUAUAACACUUCUUGCAUUGUUUGUAUAUUUUGGAAUACUUUUUGCUUUUUAUGGUUUCCGUAUAAUUACUUUGUUCGAGAAAGGGAAUGAUUUAUCGUUUUUUCACUUGAUGUAUCUAUUAUCCAAUAUCUUCAAUUUAUUUGCUCAUAUGUGCCUAUAUUGUGCCCUCGGCGAAAUUCUGGUUGCUCAA